AUGCCAAACCGCAGGGCCAGCCGUAAUGCCUACUAUUUCUUUGUGCAGGAGAAGAUCCCCGAAUUACGGAGGCGAGGGCUGCCUGUGGCUCGCGUAGCUAAUGCCAUCCCCUACUGCUCUGCUGACUGGGCGCUUUUGAGGGAGGAAGAAAAGGAGAAAUAUGCAGAAAUGGCUCGAGAGUGGAGAGCGGCCCAGGGAAAGGACGCUGGGCCUUCAGAGAAGCAGAAACCUGUUUCCACUCCACUGAGGUGGCCAGGCAUGCUUGUACCAAGGCAGAAUGUUUCACCCCCGGAUAUGUCAAAUUUGUCUCUAAAAAGUGAUCAAGCUCUCCUUGGAGGCAUUUUUUAUUUUUUGAACAUUUUUAGCCAUGGUGAGCUACCUCCUCAUUGUGAACAGCGCUUCCUCCCUUGUGAAAUAGGCUGUGUUAAAUAUUCUCUCCAAGAAGGUAUUAUGGCAGAUUUCCACAGUUUUAUAAAUCCUGGUGAAAUUCCACGAGGAUUUCGGUUUCAUUGUCAGGCUGCAAGUGAUUCUAGUCACAAGAUUCCUAUUUCAAACUUUGAAUCUGGGCAUGACCAAGCAACUGUGUUACAAAACCUUUAUAGGUUUAUUCACCCAAACGCAGGAAACUGGCCACCUAUCUACUGCAAGUCUGAUGACAGAGCCAGAGUCAACUGGUGUUUGAAGCAUAUGGCAAAGGCAUCAGAAAUCAGGCAAGAUCUAGAACUUCUCACUGUAGAAGAUCUUGUAGUGGGGAUCUACCAGCAAAAGUUUCUUAAGGAGCCCUCUAAAACCUGGGUUCGGAGCCUCCUAGAUGUGGCCAUGUGGGAUUAUUCUAGCAACACAAGGUGCAAGUGGCAUGAAGAAAACGAUAUUCUCUUCUGUGCUUUAGCUGUUUGCAAGAAAAUUGCGUACUGCAUCAGUAACUCUCUGGCCACUCUCUUUGGAAUCCAGCUCACAGAGACUCAUGUACCGCUUCAGGAUUAUGAGGCCAGCAAUAGUGUGACACCCAAAAUGGUUGUAUUGGAUGCAGGGCGUUACCAGAAGCUGAGGGUUGAGAGUCCAGGAUUUUCUCAUUUCAGCCCUUCUAAUCAGGAACAAAGACCAAACACACCCACUGGUGACUAUCCAUCUGGGGUGAGAAUUUCUGGCCAAAACAGCAGUGUUCGGGGAAGAGGGAUUACUCGCUUGCUAGAGAGCAUCUCCAAUUCCUCCAGCAAUAUCCACAAAUUCUCCAACUGUGAGACUGCACUCUCACCUUACAUGUCCCAGAAAGAUGGAUAAAAAUCUUUCUCUUCCUUAUCUUAAUGAUGGUACUUUUUUCAAUUUCUGGAAAAAUAACAGGCCCAACUUCCCUUCUGACUACAGUCAUAUUAAACAGAUCACAUCAGUGAUAAAUGUCACCACUGUAAAAACUACUUAAUUUGUAAG